AGGUGAAAGUCAGCAGGAGGUUUUGUUUUGUGAUCAGAAAAACAUGUGGCUCUUUUGGGGGAAAAAAAUCAUCAGAUGAAACGAAGGAAAGGCCUGUCUCACCUGGACCCAGCUGUGUGUCCUUUCAGAGUGACCGCUCAAUGGUGCAGCCUUUCGAGUUUACAGGUGGAGCAUCCUCUGUGGAAAGCAGCACAGCUCAUCUGUUUUAGUCGGAAACGUGUUUGGACGUGAUGGAGCCUGAAAAGAAGAACUAAAGGAAAUAACCGAGAACUCCUACCAGGAUUAAGAGUGAAGCAGACGUUUGACUUUCUGAGAGAAUGUCGGGGGAGUGUGAAGAAAUCACAGCCACUGAAAUGAGUCUUCCUGAGGGGAAAUGCAAGAAUCAAGGUGCAACAGAGAAAAGGCCAAAUUCUCCUGAAGUCAGCUGUGUGUCCUUGAAGAGUGGGCAGUCAAUGUCCCUCCUUAUUGACUUUAAAGGUGGACCAUCCUCUCAGGAAAGUGAAAUGAAGGAAAGGCCUGUCUCACCUGGACCCAGCUGUGUGUCCUUUCAGAGUGACGACUCAAUGACGCAGCCUCUCCGUUUUACAGAUGGAGCAUCCUCUGUGGAAAGAACCCCAAAACAGGAACCAGAAAACAGCUGCAGAAAUUGGAUGGAGUCCGUAUUCCAGCUGGAGCACAAAGUCAUCACAUUGGUGAAGAAUGAACUGAACAAUUUAAAGAAGCUACUGAGUGCUGAUUACCCAGAAUGCUCUGAGAAGGAGGAGAAAGUGGAGGAGGAGGAUCUGGACCGUAUUAGAGAGAGUGUGCUGAAGAUCACACUGCGUAUCCUGAAGAACCUGAAGCAGAAAGAUCUCGCUCACCAACUGCAGAUCAAGCUGGCCUCUGUAUAUCAGCGAAAACUCAAAUCCAGACUUGGAGAUAAAUUUAAAAGGAUAAAUGAAGGAAUCUCCCAGCAUGGGACAUCAGUACUUCUGAAUCAGAUCUACACAGAGCUCUACAUCACAGAGGGCUGGAGUGAAGACAUCAGUGAUGAACAUGAGGUGAGACAGAUUGAGACAGUGUCCAGGAGACCAGUAACAGAGGAGAAACCCAUCAAAUGUAAUGAUCUCUUUAAAGACAUGUCCAUCAGAAGUGUGCUGACUAAAGGAGUUGCUGGAAUUGGAAAAACUGUCUCUGUGCAGAAGUUCAUUCUGGACUGGACUGAAGGGAAAGUGAAUCAGGACGUCACCUUCAUGUUUCCACUUCCCUUUAGAGAGCUGAAUCUGAUGAAGCAGCAAAACCUCAGUCUGAUGAAUCUUCUUCAUCAGUUUUUCCCUGAUAUUAAGGGCCUAGAAGUAAUAGACAGUGAUACCUACAAAAUCCUGUUGAUCUUUGAUGGUCUGGAUGAGUGUCGACUUCCUCUAGAUUUCCAGAACAAUGAGAGAUUGUGUGAUGUGACAGAGUCGGCCUCAGUGGAUGUGCUGCUGACAAACCUCAUCAAGGGGAACCUGCUUCCCUGUGCUCUCCUCUGGAUAACCACUCGACCAGCAGCAGCCAGUCAGAUCCCUCCUGAGAGUGUAGACCAGGCAACAGAGGUACGAGGGUUCAGUGAUCCUCAGAAAGAGGAGUACUUCAGGAAGAAGAUCAGUGAUCAGAGCCUGGCCAAUAAAAUCAUCACACACAUGAAGUCUUCAAGAAGCCUCGACAUCAUGUGCCACAUCCCAGUCUUCUGCUGGAUCUCAGCCACUGUUCUCGAAAGAAUGUUGGGUGAAGCAGAGAGUGGAGAGAUCCCCAAGACUCUGACUCAAAUGUUCACACACUUCCUGAUCUUUCAGAUCAAACACAAGGGACAAAAGUACCAUGGAACAUAUGACCCUGAUCCUCAGCAGACCAGAGAGAGUAUCCUGGCACUGGGAAAACUGGCUUUCCAACAGCUGGAGAAAGGAAACCUGAUCUUCUAUGAGGAAGACCUGAGAGAGUGUGGCAUUGGUGUUCGAGAAGUGGCAGUGUACUCAGGGGUGUGUACUCAGAUCUUCAGAAAAGAAUCGGGACUCCACCUGGGGAAUAUGUUCAGCUUUGUGCAUCUGAGCAUUCAGGAGUUUUUGGCUGCGUUGUAUGCAUUUCUCUGCUUUCUUGACAAAAACUCAACAAAAGAACAAACUACUGCUCUGUCUGGUCUUUUCAACACAUCAGAAAUGUCUGACUUCCUCAAAGGUGCAGUGGACCAGGCCUUACAGAGUGACACCGGACACUUGGAUCUUUUCCUCCGCUUCCUUCUGGGCCUCUCGGUGGAGUCCAAUCAGAAGCUCAUUCGAGAUCUGCUGCCACACACAGGAAGCAGCUCUGACUGCCAGAAGGACAUAGUUGAGUACAUCAAGUUCAAGUUUGAACAAAAUCCAUCUCCAGAGAGAUUAAUAAACCUUUUCUACUGUCUGAAUGAGUUAAAUGAUGAUUCACUCGUGAAAGAGAUCCAAAGUUACAUGAGCUCAGGACGUCUCUCUGAAGCUGAACUCUCACCUGCUCAGUGGUCUGCUCUGGUCUUUGUGUUGCUGACAUCAGAUGAGGAUCUGGAAGUGUUUCAGCUACAGAAGUUCAUAAAGUCAGAUGAAUGCUUUAAGAGGCUGCUACCAGUCGUCCAGCAAGCCACAACAGCUCUGCUCAGUGAUUGUAACCUGACAGAGAGAAGCUGCUCAGCUUUACACACAGUUCUCAGCUCUGAAUCCUCCAAACUGACUGACGUGGAUCUGAGCAGUAACCAUCUGGAGGACUCAGGAGUGAAGCAGCUUUGUGUUGGACUGGAGAGUCCAAACUGUAAACUGGAGAAACUGAGACUUUCAGACUGCAGUAUAACAGAGGAAGGAUACACUGCUCUGGCUGAAGCUCUGAGACUAAACCCAUCAUCCCACCUGAGAGAGCUGGAUCUCAGAGGGAACAACCCUGGAGCAUCAGGAGUGAAGCUGCUCACUGAUUUACUCCAGGAUCCAGACUGUAAACUGGAGAAACUGAGGCUAAGGAAGAGUGGUGUUACAGAAGAAGGCUGUUCUGCUUUGACUUCAUCUUUUCUAUUCAAUCCUGCACACAUAAAAGAGUUGGAUCUGAGUGAGAAUAAAGUUGGAAACUCUGGAGUGCAGGGAGUUUGUGCUCUACUGAAACAUCAGCCAUGUAACCUGCAGAUCCUGAGACUUUCAGACUGCAGGAUAACAGAGGAAGGAUACGCUGCUCUGGCUGAAGCUCUGAAAUCAUCCCACCUGAUGGAGCUGGAUCUCAGAGGGAACGACCCUGGAGCAUCAGGAGUGAAGCUGCUCACUGAUUUACUCCAGGAUCCAGACUGUAAACUAACAACACUGAGACUGUGUAACUGCAGUGUAGCAGCUGAAGGCUGUGCUGCUUUGGCUGCAGCUCUGGAAGAAAAUCCCUCACAGCUCAGAGAGCUGGAUCUGAGCGGGAAUAAAGCAGGAGACUCAGGAAUAAAGCACAUCUCGAACCUCCUACAGAAUUCACACUGCCUCCUGGAAACACUCAAACUGAGGAACAGCGUCAGUGAGACAUCCUGCACUGCUUUGGCUUCAGCUCUCUGUACAAAUCCAUCACACAUCAGAGAGCUGGAUCUGAGUGGGUGUAAACUGGGAGACUCAGGAGUGGAGAAGCUCUGUGAUCUACUGAAGAAACACGAGUGUAAACUGGAGGUGGAUAGCAUCCUGAUCCUGCCUGGAGCGGGUGACCAGCUUCUCACUCCUGUAGGGGAGAACAUCCAACUGCCACAAUCUCUCGACACUAUGCAGGAGCUCAGCAGUGGGGGAGAAGAACUGGCCCUUGUAGUGUCCAGCCUAACCUCGUCUUCACUGCUGCUGGAGUUCCGGGUGGUCCCAGGCGCACUGGUUCCACUGGAAGCCUUCACCGGGUAUGAAUGCUCUGCCAGACUCAACUGCUCAGCUGUAAAGGCCCGCUGUAUCUUGAAGGACUGCUUUGGCUGGUCCACUGGCAAGAUGGAGAACGACACGGUAGUGCCAUGUAGGACUCUGAGAUCUUGGCGGACUGUCCUCAAGGCCAGGUCCUCGGGCUGGCCUGACGCAGUCGUGGAUAUGGUGCAGGCAUAUGAAGAGAAGGAGGAGGGGCAGAUGGCGGUUGAGACGUACAGCGUCAGUGAGAAAUCCUGCACUGCUUUGGCUUCAGCUCUCUGUACAAAUCCAUCACACAUCAGAGAGCUGGAUCUGGGUGAGUGUGAACUGGGAGACUCAGGAGUGGAGAAGCUCUGUGAUCUACUGAAGAAACACGAGUGUAAACUGGAGACACUGCGGCUCAGUGAUUGUAACCUGACAGAGAGAAGCUGCUCAGCUUUACACACAGUUCUCAGCUCUGAAUCCUCCAAACUGACUGAGGUGGAUCUGAGCAGUAACCAUCUGGAGGACUCAGGAGUGAAGCAGCUUUGUGUUGGACUGGAGAGUCCAAACUGUAAACUGGAGAAACUGAGACUUUCAGACUGCAGUAUAACAGAGGAAGGAUACACUGCUCUGGCUGAAGCUCUGAGACUAAACCCAUCACUCCUAAAAGAGCUGGAUCUGAGCAUGAAGGAACCAGGAGACUCAGGGGUGAAGAAGCUCUCAGCUCUACUGGAAGACUCUCACUGUAAAUUUCAGAAAAUUCGACUGUGUAACUGCAGUGUAGCAGCUGAAGGCUGUGCUGCUUUGGCUGCAGCUCUGGAAGAAAAUCCCUCACAGCUCAGAGAGCUGGAUCUGAGCGGGAAUAAAGCAGGAGACUCAGGAAUAAAGCACAUCUCGAACCUCCUACAGAAUUCACACUGCCUCCUGGAAACACUCAAGUCCACUCAGCCAGACUGUCAUCUGGUGAAAUUUGCGGACGACACAGUCCUGCUCUCUCUGCUUUCCGCCUCUAACCCACACCAUGGCUCUGUACUUCAGGACUUCAUCUCCUGGUGUGAGGGAGCCGGUCUCCAGUUGAACUCUAAUAAGACCAAAGAGUUGAUUGUGACAUUCUCCAUCAAGCAGAGACAACUGGCAGAGGCUCACACGACCACCAUCCGGGGGGAGCUGGUGGAGGAAUAUAAGUAUUUGGGCACAAUAUUUGACAGUCUUCUGAGGUUUUCCUCCAACACUGAGGAGAUCCUCAAGAAGUGCCACCAGAGACAAUAUUUGCUGAGGAAGCUGAGAUCAUUUGGAGUGAAUAAAGACAUUCUCCUGACUUUCUACCACUCUUUCAUUGAGAGUCAAACCAUCCGCACUGCCCACAGGAUCCUACAUGACCCCUCACACACACUACACUCAGUGUUGGAGUGGCUUCCAUCAGGACGCAGGCUGCGCUGUCCACGCUGCAGGACACAAAGGAGGAGGUUGUUGAAAAGUGCUGAAGCAGAGGAAGCCUACAACCUUCUUACUCGAAUGUUCAGUAAAAACCCCUUACUGCACACGGAGCUGGAUCUGAGCGACAGAAAAUUAACAGACGACAGAGUGGAUCAGCUCUCGCCUCUGCUGCAGGAUCCACAUUACAGACUGCAGAAACUUACGUAA